GAAAAAAUAAGUAUUUCUAAACAUGAUUAAAUACUCUACCUUUAGUAGAACUUCUAUUUUUAUUUUUGGAACGAUCCUGAUAUUGAAGGUACAAGGAUCAUCAUUAAUAAAGGAAAAUGAGAGUCUUGCUGAGAAAAUUAAAAGAGAAGACGAUUGUAAAUUUAAAAACUGGGCGAGCCGUCAAAUUAUCAAAUCAUUGCAAAUGCUAGAGAGGGAUUUGAUAAGUGGAGUCGAAGACAAAGCGAGAAGGCUUGCUGACAUUAAUAACGUGAUUAAUAGAAUGUCAUUAUUUAGCGGUGUGGAAGGGAUCGAUUUUGUUAAACCGAGAUUUGCAAGAAUGUUUCAUUUUAAAUUAUAUCCAUUUGAUCCCUGCAUGUUAGACGAAAUAGAGAUCAUGAUAAAAGAUUUUCAAGACUAUUUUUAAAAUUCGUUCUGCAUUUAAAUGUAGAUGUGUAAUAUACAAAUAAGAAUAAAGUUCAUAAUCGAAAUAAAGUUAA